AUGGCUCCACCACAACCCAUCGCAGACGAUCUUAAUAUUUCACGUGUUUCCAUCAAACCUCCCCCAUUUUGGAAGGUCAGCCCUACUUUGUGGUUUGCACAACUAGAGGCCCAGUUUGAUAUCGCCGGAAUCACUGUUGACUCCACGAAAUUCAAUCAUGUGAUAUCUGCAAUCAAAUCUGAUAUCCUCAACAGCGUUUGUGAUAUCGUUUUACACCCACCUGUGACUGGCAACUAUGAUACACUAAAAACACGCUUAAUUGAAUUGCAUUCUGAAAGGCUAGAACUUGGCGAUCAACGCCCGUCACAAUUACUUUGCCGUAUGCGAAAACUCGCUGGAGAGACCGUUGAGAACCUUUGUUGA